UUCCCAGGAAGCUGCGCGGCCCGGGAGUGUGUGUGUGUGGCGGCACCAUUCAGCGUCUGUACUCCUCGCUCCUCAGCAUGAGCGGCGCCAACCGGGCCCGGCCCGAGGCCUUCGGUGACCCGGCCCAGGGUGGAGCUGCCAAGGGGCCCCCCGUAGGGGCAGCAGGAGGAGCCGCGUCUGUGCCUGCCGGCUUCUCCGAUGUAGGAAGAGACAAUGGAAAAGUAACCACAGUAGUGGCCACGCCAGGUCAGGGACCAGACCGUCCGCAGGAAGUGUCCUAUACGGACAUCAAAGUCAUCGGCAAUGGGUCAUUUGGUGUGGUUUAUCAAGCAAGGCUUGUGGAUUGCGGAGAGAUGGUGGCAAUUAAGAAAGUUCUCCAAGACAAGAGGUUUAAGAAUCGUGAACUGCAGAUCAUGCGUAGACUGGAUCACUGUAACAUUGUCCGUCUGAGAUAUUUCUUCUACUCCAGCGGAGAGAAGAAGGAUGAAGUUUAUCUGAACUUAGUCUUAGACUUUGUCCCGGAAACGGUCUAUCGUGUUGCUCGGCACUUUGCGAAAGCCAAAUCCACGCUGCCGUCCAUAUAUGUGAAGGUGUACAUGUACCAGCUAUUCCGUAGUCUGGCCUAUAUCCAUUCUCAAGGUGUCUGCCAUAGAGAUAUCAAACCACAGAAUUUACUGGUUGAUCCGGAUACAGCAGUGCUGAAACUCUGUGACUUUGGCAGUGCAAAACAGUUGGUGAGGGGGGAGCCAAAUGUGUCCUAUAUCUGCUCCCGCUACUAUAGAGCACCCGAACUUAUAUUUGGAGCCACAGACUACACUGCAAACAUUGACAUAUGGUCAGCAGGUUGUGUUCUGGCAGAGCUGCUCUUGGGUCAGCCCAUUUUCCCUGGAGAUAGUGGUGUGGACCAGUUGGUGGAGAUUAUAAAGGUUUUAGGAACUCCCACAAGGGAACAAAUCCGAGAGAUGAAUCCAAAUUACACAGAAUUCAAAUUCCCACAAAUAAAAGCACAUCCCUGGACAAAGGUCUUUAAGCCCCGUACCUCUCCUGAAGCCAUCACGUUGUGCAGCCGGCUUUUAGAGUACACCCCAGAUACCCGACUUUCCCCACUACAGGCCUGUGCACACUCCUUCUUUGAUGAGCUUCGUGACCCUAACACACGCCUACCCAGCGGCAGGGACUUGCCUAACAUGUUCAAUUUCAGUUCUGUAGAACUCUCCAUUCAGCCCACACUGAACUCCAUCCUCAUACCCCCCCAUGCACAGUUACUUCAUGGUGAGGCAAGACCUGGAUCAGAGCGACUCCAAACCAGUGACGUAGCAGAGCUGAAUAACUCAUGAGGAGUACUCUUCCACCUCCACCCCCCUCCCCGUCUCAUCCGUUAUCCUCUCACUUCCUCAUCCCAGCUGACACUUGACACUACUGGUGUACAAGAGGCAUAUGGCAUUAUGGGGAUGGUCCUGGUUUAUCUUCAUCUUCACCUCAGCACUGACUUUUGAUGAUCAGCAGCAGUUUGAUCAUCCACUACUGGGUUUCGACACCCCACUCAAAUUUAUCAUUCGGAAGUCAGGGGUCCCUUUUAAACUGCACAGAAGCCCAAUGCCUGAAAAGCUGUAAAACGCUGCUUUGGACACCUUUUAAAACACUGGUGACCUUUUGGGCAUCUCGCGAAUGUCAAUCCUUUUGGCUUUGUCUUGUGGUUGCUCCUGGCCAACUUUGAUCAUGUUGUCAAGUGUUCAGUAGUUGUUUCAAAGUAGGCAGAGGAACAAAGCAUAUAUUUUUUUUUU